AGAUACUCAGUAAAUUAUAUAGUUUAGAUAUUAAUGACUAACAAUAAUUACAACACUAGUAAAGAGCCAACGAGUCGAGCGCGGAGUAAGAGAGAAAGAGAGAGCGAAUAGAGCAAAUAUAAAAUAUGAAAUGAAAGUCCACCACCGCCACAUGUCCGCCAUAUCUAAUACAUCUUCUUUUCAAUAGUGACGUUCAUAUUAUUUUGUGUUGUAGCUCUGUUGCGUAAAUAUUUGUUGUAUAAUUUCAUUAUUCUUUAGUUUAUUUAUUAGACGGCCCUGGCGGCGGAAAACACCAUGGAAUCUCCAAGAAAGUUUAAUGAUUGCUACUUUUACUAUUAUUCUACGUGUACCAAGGGUGAUAACUGUGUGUUUCGUCAUGAGCCAUCUGCUUUGGGCUGCGAGACUAUGUGCACUGCUUGGCAGCAGGGCAAGUGUUUAGACAAACGCUGCAAACUACGCCACAUGGAACUUAGGAAAAACCGCAAACAAAUUCCAUGUUACUGGGAGAACCAGCCAGGCGGCUGUCGCAAGAAGCACUGCCCAUUUAUGCACAAGAACCCUGAUGCGCGCACUGACGGCAUCGCGCCCAGCCAGCCCGCACCACCUGCAUCUGCGGCUUCCCAGUCGGCCGCGGGUCCUAACGCGGCAGAGGGCGCCGGCGAGGCGCUGUCGGCGGCGCCGCCCGCCCCCGCCCCUGCGCCCGCCCCUGCACCCGCGCCCGCCCCCGUUCCACUACUGUGGCCGCAGCAGCGACAAGUGGUUUUAGAUUCGGCAAUCCUGGGCGUGCUACCGUCGAGCGAGCUGCUGGGCCGCCGCGUGCUGGCGCCGCACCCACAUCCUCACCCGCACCCGCACGACGCAGCACCCAACCCGUACGCGCCGCUACCCGUCGACCCCCUCGUCGUCAACUUCGAGGAAGAGUCCGACAAUGAAAGCGCUCCCUCAUCCACACCCACUAAAACGGUGUCGCCGGACGACGCUCAGAGAAUCGCUCGCACCAAAUCGCAGGAGCUACUCCUCCUCGAGAAAAUUCAAGCUGAGGCGGCCGCGUUCUACAGUUACGAUUCGUUACCGGCUGUUGAUUCUACCAAUGAGCGUAAAAUCACGAGGACCAAUCUGAAUUCCAAAUACGACAGACUGUCACUUGAUGAGAUUUCAGGUAAAAAACAAUCCACCGAGAGACGGAACUCGUUAGAUUUUAAAGUGUUGUCCCUGGAUGAAAUUAGAGCUAGAAAGAAAAACGAUACGAUCAUCCAUACCACUCCAAUAACUUUAAAUUUGAGUCGGAAACGUAAACUGUCCACGCAAGAGACUAUCACAACAUCUGGAAAUAAAAUAAUUAAAGUAGUUAGCAGUAAUUCCAUAGUAUAUAAGAAAGUAGAUCAUAGUGCACCCACCCCGUCUAGUCAGUCCAAAGCAGAACAUAAACAGACUGAAGUUCCUGUAAGCAGGAAGCGUACUCUUUCAGAAAUUAGUGACAUUUAUGAUAUACACGAUGAUGAAUUAGAUGAUAACUUUCAUGAGUUCAAAAGAAUUAAAAUCACAGAGCAAACACAAAAGCCUAGACUUAUUAGAAAUAGACAGAACACUCUUAGUAGAUCAGACAAUAGUGAAAGUGAAACUAAUCUUACUAGUGUAGGAAGUAAGGCUGACAACGAUUCUGACUCAGAAGUACAAAUUGUAAGUAUAGAAAUUAAUAAUAAGCAUAUAAAUGUAAACAAAUUGUCGGAUACUGAUAUUAUAGAUGUAGAUUCUGCUAGAAUAGGUGAGCCAGUGGACAUAGUCGACUUGAGCGACGAUGAUCUGGAAGAUGAUGAUAUCACAAUAUCAGACUUAGAUUUAGUUAAAAACGUACCCGACGUAGUUGCUAGUUGUCAUAGAAAUAUAAACAAAGGAGAGAGUUCAGAUAAAAAUAUGUUCAGUAAUAUUGAUACACUUUUUAAUAAAGGAUUAUGAUUUAAUACUAUUCAUUUAUAUUUAGAUAUAAGUUGAUACUGUACAAAUAGGUUUGUUCGAGUCAUACGUCGUCGUAAAUGUGUGACAAUUUAAUGUGGAAAUUGUGAUUUUAGAAGGAUAUGCAGGUCUACUUUUAGUAGCAGUUUUUAAUUUAUAAAGACAGCAUGUUUGUAGCAAUCUGCACUGUGAUGCAUUGUUGAUUAUAGCUUUAAUACCAAUGAUAAAUAUAGGUAUAGUUAUCGUUUUGCUACAUAAUAGUUGUAGUUACCUAAUAACAAGGUGAUACAAUACAAAGUGUUAAUUUGAUUUAAAAUGUUAGUCGGCUAAAAUAAAGAUUUAAAUGAAGCUGACGCAGGAAUGUAAUAUGUGAAAUUAUUAUAUUGAAAAAAUAAAAAAAAUAUUUUUAUUAAA